AUGUGCCAAGGCUACAUCGAAACCCAUCCAUGCUCCCACGACCAGUACCGCAUCACAUGGUGCGAAUUCGAAAAAGCUCGCAUCCGGGUGAUCGUCUGGUACAUGAUGCGUCUUCACGCGCGUACCUUGCCAUCCAUGUCUGGCCCGGUCCACGUCCACAACAUGUACUACUCGCUGCUCGAUGCCGACGCUAAUCCCCUGAUCGGAUACGUGGCCCGAUAUAAUUUCGCGAGAAGCCCAGAGCUCGUCUGUCGGAUCCUGACCCCGUUCAACAUCCGGACGGAAACUUCGCAGGUUGUCUGCGACGCGUGUGCUCGUAUGCAUCGCGUGCGGGGCUUGAGGGCCUCUGGACGUGGACAUUUGGUUGAGAACGAUGAGGAAGUGCGGCGUCUGGACGAGGAGGUGUUCUGGGAAGGGGAUACCUCUGUGCAAGGCGGGAGGCCGGUGUGGCCUUUGGAGCCGGAGUUCCCUACUUGGAGGGAUGUAGUUGAGGGCCGGACGCUCUUUGCUUUUAGAGGUCUUCACUUUCCUGGUAGAGGUAAUUAG